AUGAAGGAUUCAAUAAAAGCCAAAGUGUUCCAGUUGAAAGAAGAUACUUACCUGAACGGCAGCACCUUUUAUGCCUCAAAAUAUGAGUCUCCAGCCAUACCAUUGACUUACCAUCCAGCAAAGUAUUAUAGUUUAAUAAUCAAUACGGACGCAUCAGCAAUCAAUAGUCAAGAAUGUCCAAGAGCAUUUACAGACGGUUCUAAAAUUCAUGGAGAAGUGAGCGCAGCGUCAAUAAUCUAUUCAUCUUCCUCUAUUCCAACAAUAUGGCAAAGAAAAUUAUCUCCAGAAAAUUCUGUUUAUCAAGCUGAGUUGUCAGCAAUUCAAUCUGCAGUAAAUAAAGCCAUAUCAAAUAAUUUCAGAACAAUGGCAGUCUAUUCAGACAGCCAAUCUGCAUUAUAUGCCCUGAAGGACAGAAACAAUAAGAACCAACUGGUUCAGGAUAUUCAAAAUACAAUAAGCACCCACCCAGAAAUCCAGUUUCUCCUCAAUUGGGUAAAAGCCCACAACGGCAACGAGGUGGCUGACCUCCUUGCAAAGGAUGCAUCGACUAACAUCAACAGUUCGGUGAUUCAUGUCUCGUGGCCAAAGUCCCAUAUAAAAUUUACACUGAAUGCAAUUGUUGACUCAAAGUGGCAAGAAGAAUGGGAUUCUGCAGUGCAAGGCAGAAGAGUCUACGAUUUUAUCCCAAGAACUUACAAAGAGACACUGCACUAUGACCAUGUUCUGAAUCAGUAUAUCACAGGGCACGGUCCUUUCCCCACCUACAUCCAUGGCGGCAGAG